CAGCAGGAGCAGCCUGUGCAGAUCAGGACCUGGCUGCGGUGGGAGAGGGUGGGACCGCCUUCAGGGAAGAUGGAUCUGGCAAGAUGAUGCCAAAGGGUACUUAUUCCAUCAGGAGAUACUGACGAGUCCUUCCGCUGCUAAACCUAAGGAGAAUAACCACGACGCAAACAUGCAGAUCUUUGUGAAGACCCUCACGGGCAAAACCAUCACCCUUGAGGUCGAGCCCAGUGACACCAUUGAGAAUGUCAAAGCCAAAAUUCAAGACAAGGAGGGUAUCCCACCUGACCAGCAGCGUCUGAUAUUUGCCGGCAAACAGCUGGAGGAUGGCCGCACUCUCUCAGACUACAACAUCCAGAAAGAGUCCACCCUGCACCUGGUGUUGCGCCUGCGAGGUGGCAUUAUUGAGCCUUCCCUCCGCCAGCUUGCCCAGAAAUACAACUGCGACAAGAUGAUCUGCCGCAAGUGCUAUGCUCGCCUUCACCCUCGUGCUGUCAACUGCCGCAAGAAGAAGUGUGGUCACACCAACAACCUGCGUCCCAAGAAGAAGGUCAAAUAAGGUUGUUCUUUCCUUGAAAGGCAGCCUUCUGCCCAGGCCCCGUGGCCCUGGAGCCUCAAUAAAGUGUCCCUUUCAUUGGAGCAGCAA